UAUUUUCAUAAGGUAAGGAUAAGGUCUGCGUACAGUCAGUCAUACACACUACUCAAACCCCACUUGUGAGAUUAUACUGAGUUUGUUAUUGUUGUUGUUGUUGUUUCUGUUUGCAAAGAUGGGAAGAAGUUUAAUUGGUAUAGUUCAUGCCAAAGACAAGCUUCGAAUUCGAAAAUCGAUUUCACAUAGAAAUGGAAGCAUGUUAGCAACAACUAAUCAAGUUCCAAAGGGGCAUUUUGCAGUGUAUGUUGGUGAAACAUGUAGGAGAUUUGUUGUUCCAAUAGCAUAUUUGAACCAACCUUUAUUUCAAGAUUUGUUACAUUGGGCUAAAGAAGAGUUUGGAUAUAACCAUCCAAUGGGUGGUCUCACAAUUCCAUGCAGUGAAGAUUACUUCAUUAGUCUCACUUCCCUACUAAAGUCAUCAUAGGCAUAACAGUGAUUUUAUUUUUCUCUUUUUUUUAUGCUUUCUAUAUGGGAAAAUAUAUAUGGCUGAAAGAGAAAUGACUAAGUUAACUCUCUUCAAUAUAAUUUUGAAAUAUUGGCUGGUGUCAAGUUUGUCUCGUAUACAUCUUCGUUGUAAUUUGUACAUACAAAUAUUCUUCUAAAUAAAAUGUUCUCUUGUCUUA